AUGGGCUUCUCACACGUCGGCCUCACGGUCCCAGACGACAAGUUCGAAGAGACUGUAUCCUUCUACCUAAGCGCGUUAGCACCGCUAGGAUUCAAAGAGCAGCUCCGUCCUCAUCCAAAAGUAGUUGGUAUGGGAGUGUACUGUCCCGAGUUCUGGAUCGCUUCAUCAGCCGUACCUAGUGCCAGCGCCAGCGCCAAUGCCAGAGCUGAAGGCGAAGGCGAAGGCGAUGUUACAGCUACUGCAAGCAAAGAAACGGUAUUUGGAACAACUCAUAUCGCUUUUAGUACAGGCAAUCGUGAACUCGUCCAUGCCUUCUAUGAAGCUGCCCUGAAGCAAGGCGGGAAGUCGAAUGGUGGCCCCGGAGUGAGGCCUCAAUAUACUAGAUUCUACUACGCAGCAUUUGUCUUCGACCCGGCCGGUAAUAAUAUCGAAGUUGUCUGCAUGUGGCCUGCCUGGUGCCAUUGGAAGUACUGGCUGGGGAUGGUAGGGAAGGGAGGAAUGGAGGAUUAA